UCCCGUUCCCCAAACCCUCCUCAUUCCGUUUCUGGGUCUCGAGGGGAGCGGAUGUUCCUGCUCCGCUGGCGGUGGCUUCGGGCGGCGGGGCUGGUGGGGGCCUCGGCGCUGGGCUUCGGGGCGCUGCGGUGGGCGCUAGGCCGGACCCCGCAGCCGGAGUACGUGCGCCGGGACCCCACCCGCCUCUGGCGCUGGAAGAACCUCCUCGUCUCCUUCGUCCACUCCGUCGUCGCCGGAGUCUGGGCCGUCGCCGGGGUGUGGCGGAUACCUGGAGGGAUCUUUGCGGAUUUGGUGCACGCCUCGUCUCCGUCGGGACACUUGCUCCUCUGCGUUUCGGCAGGUUACUUCAUCCAUGAUUCGCUGGAUAUCAUCGUGUGCCACCAGUCGCGUGCCUCCUGGGAAUACCUGGUCCACCAUGCCAUGGCCGUUACCGGCUUGUUCUCUGGGAUCUACCUGGAGCGCUUUGUGGCGGCUGGCCUGGUGUCCCUCUUUGUGGAGGUGAGCAACAUCUUCCUGACCAUGCGCAUGAUGAUGCGCUUGGGCCGCCUGCCCUUCCACACCUUCUACGAGGUCAACAAGUAUGUCAACCUGGUGAUGUACUUCCUCUUCCGGCUCUUCCCGCAAGCCUACCUGACCUGGUACUUUGUCCGCUUUGUGGAGAUGCGGGGCCAGGGCGCCUUCCUGAUGGUCAACCUGGUGCUGCUGGAUGGCAUGAUCCUCGUCUACUUCUCCCGCCUCCUCCGCUCGGACUUCUGCCCAGAUACCCGCAAGCAGGGGCCGGACAGCGAGAGGAAGUUCCUGAACGACUAAGUCAGCGGGAGUGAGACAAGACAGGUCUUAAACUGAGAACCGUUGUCCAGUUCAAUCGCCAUCUGCGUGCCUUAUGCGGGAAAGACUCCCCUGCCGCAAUCUCGUCCCUUCAAGUGGUUUCUUUCCUUCUUUGCGGCCAAAUAGGGGCAGGGGUUCACCUCCAUUGGGGCCGGCCUUCGUGGCUAGUGUUGGCGGCCAGUCCAAGCCUUCAUCCCAGAAGGAAGAGCCAAAAGGGCUGGUCCGGGAAAGCAAAAGGAAGAAGAGUCGAGGGUGGAAUGGAGUGCAUCUCCCACGUUACUUUUUGGGAGUUGGGGAACUGGGGGUUUUGCGGGGGGAAGAAGGGUUGUUCUGUGCAUUAAAAUCAGUUUGCAACCUCA